GCAGCCACCGACCGCCUCCUCGGCGGAGUCCCCCGCGGAGCGCUCAGCGCCGCGCAGGGAUGGGCGGCUCCGGGCCAAUUACCGAGACGCGGGACCAGUCGCGAAUUCAUAAAUAAUCGGCGCGCGGGCCCCGCGGGGAGACGCGGCGACGAACGGGAGGAGGAGGAGGAGGGGACAGGAGGCGCCCCGGGUCAGCUGAGCGGAGCGAUCCCCCGUGGUGGUGAGCGCCGCUCGGACGCUGCCGCCCGCCUCCUUUUCGAACGGCAAAGUUCAGAAUCGUCACCGGGGGACUCGGACGAGGCGCCUCGUGGCCCCGGCACGGAACAACUUCGUCGUGCGACUUUAUUUAUUUAUUUAGAAGUUAAAAAAUAAAUAGAAAUAUUUGGGGGGGGGGGGGUGGUCGUUCGGUGGAGCACGCGACGUCGCGAGGGGGGUCUCCGGGCCCAAGGAAGAGCAGCUCGCGGCGCAGAAGGAACAGGAGGGAGAGGCGGAACGCGAAGGAGUAACGGGAGAAGAACCGUGAGAGGAGGAGGUGGGAGAGCAGCAGCAGCAGCCAGAGGAGGUGGAGACGAAGAGCGGGAGAAGGAAGAGGAGGGCGGAGCAGGAGCACGAGGAGGGGGAGGAGGAGGUGGAGGAAUUGUCGGGACAGGCGGCGGCGGCGGACGAGGAGGAGGAGGAGCAGCAGUCUCGGUGCGGCGCGGCGGAAUGAGCUCGCACCGCGAGGACGCGCUGCCGCUCGCCUGCGAGGCCACGCUGCCCGCCGCGGUGCCGGGGAAGCCGCCGCCGCCGCUGCAGGUGUUGCCGCUGCUCCAGGCCGGGGCCCGCGGCGACGGGCUGCCCCCCCUGCUGCCCCCCCUGCUGCCCGCCGAGCCCGAGCCCACGGCCUGCAGCGGGGGCAGCCCGGGGCGCUCCCCGCCGCCGGCCGCGGCCCGGCCGGACGCGCCACUCGCCGCGAACGCGCACCGCACCACCUCCUUCUCCGUGCUCGACAUCCUGGACCCCAACAAAUUCACGGGCCGCGUCCGCGCCCUGCAGCAGCAGAUGCAGCAGCAGCAGCAGCAGGCGUCCCUGCUGGAGCCCCUGCUGCACGGAGAGCCCGAGGCGCGGAGCCCGCGCGGCGCGGAGCGAGACGCGGACGGCGCCGAUUCGGGGACUCCGCCGCUCCGCGAGAGGUCGGGGCCCGCAGAGACAGGGUUUCAGCUCCACGACGACUCGGAGCCCGAGGGACGCGGGCUCUGCGCGGGGCCCGGCCGGGACUGCGCUCCCGAGGAGGAUCGCGGCGCCGAGGCGGCGGCGGUGGCGGCGGCGCGGGACAAAGCGGGCGGCAGAGACGGCGCCGGGGCGGACGGGGAGGAGCGAGGCGGCGGCGGCGAUGGCUCCGAGGAUGGAGGAGGCGGCGGCGGUGGUGGUGGAAGCAAGGGGAGUGGGGACGGCACCGGGGGCGGCUCGCAGAAGCAGAAGCGCAAACGGUGCUCGUCCGAAGCCAAGUCGGGGAAGCCGCGGAGGGCGCGCACGGCGUUCACCUACGAGCAGCUGGUGGCGCUGGAGAACAAGUUCAAGUCGACGCGAUACCUCGUGUGCGAGCGCCUCAACCUGGCGCUGUCGCUCAGCCUCACGGAGACGCAGGUGAAGAUCUGGUUCCAGAACCGGCGAACCAAGUGGAAGAAGCAGAACCCCGGAGCCGACACGAGCUGCCCCGCGGGAGGGGGGCUCGGCUCGGGGUCGAUCUCCCCGCCGAUGCCGCACCACCUCUCCAUGGGGCCGCCGCACUACUCGGGCCCCGCGGGCCUCGUGUGCGCCGCCGCGCAGCUGCCCUUCAUGCCCUCGCACUCGGUGCUGCCGCCGUUCCUCCUCAACUCGCCCGCGUACGGCGGGGCGCACUCCUUCUACCCGCACAUGUGAGGGACCCCCCCACGCCUUCCGUACACCCCAAGGAGACCCCCCCCUAAGGAGACUCCCUCAUCGCUGCACUCCUCCAUUCUCCACGUCCCCCAUAUCGGGGUUCCGGACCCGGGUGGCUCCUCUGACCUCCCACCUUGACCCCCUUACCUCCCUCCCCCCUCCCUGUCCCCCCCCCGGCCCCCUUGGACGCGAGGCCCCCUCUACGAUUACUUGAACGCGGCGCGGGCGGUGGAGCCGCGCAGACUCAGGGAAGAAGAAGAGGAGGAGGAUGAGGUGGAGAAGGAGGUGGAGGAGGAGGAAGAACCGCGGGAGUCGCGCGGAGCCUCGGCCGCACGCGGGCGCCGCCGCAGACAUCGAGGGAAUGGGCGGAGGAGGUUCAAUCGGCGCUCAGGAGUUGGAGGAGUCCGCGCUUCUUCUCGAUCGAGCGAUGAAGAGGGACGCACGUGGCUUCUGUGAACUCACGCACACACGUGCGCACGCUCCGCGUACCCCGCGCGUACCCGUCGCGUACCCACACCCGUGUGCACGCGCCGUGUCCACACACUUGUACAUUGUCUACACACCCAGGUGCACAUGUACUCUACACACGUGCACACAAGUGUACUUGCUCUGUGCGUAAACACGUGCAACUUGCCGUCUGCAUGUGCACACACGCACGCACAGAGUUCACGCCAUGUACACACACACGUGUACCCACGAGUACACACUCUGUACAUAUCACACUCGCGUGCAUGACCGCGCCGCCGCCGUGAUGUUGAGGAGGAGGAACAGCUUCGUCUCCGUCGCCCGCGAGUUGAAUCUCACCGAGUUUGAGUCCGGAGCGAGGCGCCCUCUCUGCUGUUGCUGCUGUCCGUGUGCGAUUCUCUGCUCUCCGUGUACAGAUCCGUGAGCGAGCGAGUACGUGAGCGAGUACAUGAGUGAGUCAGUGCUUGAGAGAGUCAGUGUGUAAGCGAGUCAGUGCGUAAGUGCGUGCGUGAGUGAGUGCGUGAGUGAGUGACUGUGUAAGUGAGUGCGUGAGUGAGUGCGUGAGUGAGUGCGUGAGGGACUGUGUGAGUAUAUGAGUGAGUGCGUGAGUGAGUGUGUGAGUGAGUCUGUGAGUGCGUGAGUAACUGUGUGAGUGAGUGCGUGAGUGCGGGAGUGAAUGUGUAAGUGUGUGAGUGAGUCUGUGAGUGCGUGAGUAACUGUGUGAGUGAGUGCGUGAGUGAGUGUGUAAGUGUGUGAGUGAGUCUGUGAGUGCGUGAGUGACUGUGUGAGUGAGUGCGUGAGUGAGUGUGCAAGUGUGUGAGUCUGUGAGUGCGUGAGUGACUGUGUGAGUGUGUAAGUGUGUGAGUGAGUCCGUGAGUGAGUGCGUGAGUGAGUGA